CAAGAAUUUGGAUUCCAAAUUAGGGUUUAUCCCUCCUCACUCCUCCGCCUAAAACCCUAUUCAAAUCGAUUGGAUUUUCACUGUAAAAUGGGUAAGCGGGAAAAGAAGGAAAAGAAAUCAGCAAAAUCAGAAGCUAUAGAGUUAGAAAAAUCAGCAGAGGUAAAAAUUAAGAAAUCUAAAAGAGUGCGAAUUAAGGAAAUAAAACAAGACUAUGAUGAUGAUGAUGAUGAUGAUGCUGAAGCUAAUGAAGACCUGAGCUUGAAAAUCAUUGAGAAAGCUUUGCUUCGUGGGUGCUCAGUUAAAAAUGGCGAAGCUGUAAUUGUUACAGAUUUGAAGGGUGAAAGUAGAAAGAGCAAAAAAGAGAAAAAAAAGAAGAAGGAAAAAAGCAUUGAGUCCCAAGAUGACCCCGUGUCAAGUGGAAUAGAUAAGGGUUUUAAAACUUUCUGUAAUGAGAUGUCUCCGGCGGAUGGAGUGAAAGAAGAAAGCAUGGAUAUUAAUGCUAUGAACGUCGUUGAUGCUGCAGCUGAAAAGAAUCCUGCUGAGAUGCCUAAUAAUGUUGUCCUACGAAGGCUUCUUCGGGGUCCGAGGUACUUUGACCCUCCAGACAGCAGUUGGGGGACCUGCUAUAAUUGCGGUGAAGAAGGUCAUGCUGCAGUCAACUGUACUUCAGCGAAACGCAAAAAACCAUGUUUUGUUUGUGGGAGUUUUGACCAUAAUUCAAAACAGUGUACAAAGGGCAAAGAUUGUUUCAUCUGUAAGAAGGGCGGUCAUCGUGCUAGGGAUUGCCCUGAAAAAAACCGAAUAUUUGAAAGUUCAAGACGCUGUUUAAAAUGUGGAGAUUCUGGCCACGAUAUGUUCUCAUGCAGGAACGACUAUUCUGCUGAUGAUCUGAAGGAAAUACAAUGUUACAUUUGUAAGAGAUUUGGUCAUCUUUGCUGUGCAAGCUACCCUGAUGGUGGUCCGAGGGAAAUAUCCUGUUACAGAUGUGGUCUACUAGGCCAUACCGGUUUGGCAUGCACAGGAUCUCGUGGGGAGACUAGUGGUACAUGGCAGCUUAGUUCUUGUUAUUGGUGUGGUGAAGAAGGACAUUUUGCACGAGAAUGCACUAAUUCCAAUAUCGUCAACAAGUGGAAUCGGGAGUUAUCGACCCCCAAGAUGAAAGUGUCUAAGGAAAGAAAGGAACAUCAUGAGUUUAGGUCUGUUCCACAUGAUUUUGGUAAGGCAAGAAAAAAGAAAGCAGAAUAUGGAGGAGGAUAUGCAUCAGGUUACAAUACAAAACAAAGGGCUGGUUGGAUCACUGAUGAUACGGAAGACUUCCCUCGAUCCAAUGGUUGGAGAUCUCCUUCAACUCCUACAAAUAAGAGAGCCAGGAUAUCCAACUUUGGGGCUGGUGGUCAUGCUUCUGUUUCUUAUUCAUCUAGAAAGUCCAACAGGCGUGAUUUUGAUAAUUCAACUUUUUAUGGGUCAGGCAAUUAUCAUCACCAUAGGUUUUCGGCUUCUCGAUUUGGCAACAGCAGUCAUGAUGGGAGGAGAAAUUAUAAUUGGUAGCGAAAACCCUUUAUCUCCUUUUAAUUAUUAUUCUUAUAUUUUAAAAUUUGGUUCUCAUUUAUUCCAUUUGUUGUUCUCCUGCCUAAGUGGCAUGUAAAAUUAAGUUUUGUCAAUUGUUUAACUAUCUAGAUGUCUUUACCUCUCUUCAAAAGAUUGUGAGAUGACUGCUCAUAGAUUCUGCCAUUGUGUUCCUCAACAGCAUGGUAAUUUUAUGUCUAAUGCUAUACAUUUUCUUAUUUAA